AUGGGCAAUCCGAAAAACCAUAAUCGAAAUGUUCACGCCAUUGUUGUCUACGGAAGCGACAAGUGGGAUUUAAAUUGUACCCACAAUUUUAUUUCCGCUAUAAGGUCAUGUUACUCUCGUAGUAUCAUACCUUACACCUUAUCGACAUGUAGUCGUGAUGAGCUUAUCGAGCUUAUAACCUCUACUAGUUCCGAAGUCGGGAAUGAAGAUUCUCAACAACUGGGUUCUUCAUCACAGGAUCAUGAGAUUUUCCUCGAAUCAGGUGUCGUGCCACCCAUAACAGAUUCCGAAACUCUUCCGGAAACCGUUCAGUCGGACUCUAUACCUACAGUAAACGAAGAGGGUAACUUUCCGCCUAACCAAACACAGCCGACUCCAACUUUAACUCCGCAAGAAACACAAGAGAUUCUCGACGUCCUCAGGCCAUUCUACCAUUCUGUCCAACAAGAAGACAUAAAAUUAGAGCUAAGGAGCCACCUACAAGCCCUCGCCCCAAAACUCAAAUCAUCAUCUCGACUUCUAAUCAUAAUAUGUGCCCAAGCCGUACAUACUUCCGGAUACAUAGUACUCGGCCGUACGAUUACAAAUCAAGAUAUAAUGGAAUACAUCGACAGCUUACCGCUACGAAGCACUGCGGUUAUUGCUAACAUUGCAGCAGGGUCAGAUGAUCGGAAGGAAAUACCGGAUAUAUGGGAAGCGGCAGAUGAAUUGGGAAUCGCAGAAUUGCAGCGUCAUCAUGCAUCUGCUGGCGUUGUAUACACGACGGCUAAGAUCGAGAUUAUAAAGCCCUUGACGGAAGUAUCCGUUGAACGUGAAGUAAGGGUGGUUAGGGAUGUGGGGGUUAUGAGGUUGAAGAGUCAGAUUUUUAUGGACGAUAGGCUGUUGAAGUUAGGCCCGUGGGCAUAUUCGUCUGGUGAAUGGAAGGCUGUUGAUGGGGUGGCAAGCUAUGUCGAACAGGUUAUUGAUAAGCAUAUCGUGGUUAAGGGGUUUAAUCCGUUGAGUCGUGCGAAGGAUACCAUUGAAAGAGGAGUAAGGAUUGUGAGAAAGGAAGAGCCAUUGGAUCUGUCGAUUUAUUAUCUGGAGUUGAAAUUGGAAGAAAUGAAAAAGAAAAGCGAGGAAGAAGAUUCAGAAAAAGGACUGGUAUACGAACAUGCUAGAAAGGGGAUGCUAGCGCUCGAGGGCAUUAUGAAGCGCGUGGUAGAACAGAACAGAAACUGCAUGCACGCGGCUCAUAUCAUAAGUUCAUCUUCAUUGUUUCAGCAAAGAGUGGAAGAAACAUUGAGGUUUAUUGAAAGAUCAGAUGUUAGAGCCGAGGCGUUUCUUCAGGGGGCAUAUAAAAGCGGUAUGCUAAAGUUUAUCGGUGCCUCGGAUAUAAGGUUACACGUGGAAGCCAGAGGAAGGCUUCUAGAGACUAUAAGGGCAUCAUGCCCGGCUUUUGAUACUAUUAUGAUGCCUCCUAGGGACUGCGUAGGCUUGGAGUAUUGGGAACAAGCGGAUCGGAUUCUAAAAAUUAUUCAGGGACAUGUCUGGAAGUUUAGGUGGUUCAGGAUCGAGAGGUUUCUGGAGUAUAUGGCGGCGAAUUUGUAA